AUGCGCGAAGUACUGUUAGGAACCUUAUUGGCUUUAAUUCCAUCUCUUCUGGUGGCCCAGUUCAAUUCGUAUUUUCCGGAAGGCAGCAGCGGCACUAUAGUGCAUCUGUUCGAGUGGCCUUUCGAGGACGUCGCGACCGAGUGUUCACUGUACUUGGCCCCGAAUGGAUUCAGCGCGGUGCAGGUAUCGCCGAUCAACGAGGUACGCAUCAUGCCGGAACGGUCCUGGCGGGAACGUUACGAACCCGUUUCGUAUCGGAUAGCCGGGAGAUCGGGCGAUGAGUCUCAGUUUCGGGCGAUGGUGCAGGCGUGUAACAAAGCUGGAGUUCGCGUGUACGUUGAGGUCGUGUUAAACAAUAUGGCGGGUGGGAGCGGAACGAUAAAGGGCACUGGAGGUGCGGUGGCGAAUCCAGAAAAGCGGGAAUAUCCGGAUGUCCCGUUUAGUGCAGGGGAUUUUAACGAGGCUUGCACUGUUCUGGAUGAAAGCGAUCCUCACGAAGUGCGUAAUUGCCAAGUGGAAGAUCUGCCGGAUCUGAAUCAAGGUUUGGCUAGGGUUAGACAGCGAAUGUCCGAUUUCAUGAACAAACUGAUUCGGAUGGGAGUAGCUGGAUUUUAUGUUCAUGCUGCGAAGAACAUUUGGCCUCACGAUCUGGGUGCACUUUACGGAAAACUGGAAAACCUUAGUUCGUCAUCUAUUCCUGGGGUUCCUGAAGGUAGCCGCCCGUUCAUUUACCAUGACAUCGCCGAUUUCGGAGAGGGAGGAUCACGAAAAAAUGAAUACACACUGAUGGGAUUUGCCACGGAGUAUCGAUUUGCAUACGACAUAGCGGACGUCAUGUUCAAACGGAAGCCCUUCCACUACAUGGUUAAUCUUGGUACUCGGCUGGGCUACAUACCCAGGGAACGAUCGAUCGUAUUUAUAAAUACUCCCGCUUUGCAAAGGCUACCAGAUAUGGUGGACGCACCGGUGAUCGUCACGUUCAAAAAUCAACGAAACUACAAAAUUGCCAUGGUCUUCAUGAUGGCCCAUCGAUACGGUACUCCACGAAUUAUGAGCUCCUACCAGUUCACGGAUAUCGACGAGGGACCCCCGAAUGACGGGCGUGGGAAAAUUUCCAAGGUCAUUGUAGAUGAUCAAGAUCAGUGUACCGGUGGAUGGAUUUGUGAGCAUCGGUGGACGGUGGUACAACAGCUGCUAAAAUUCCGAAAGGCAGUAUCCGGCCAGCCGGUGAUCACUUGGGUUGACAACGGACAGAACCAGAUUGCGUUCUGUCGAGGAAAAGUCGGAUUUGUUGCUAUCAAUGCGGAGAUUGCACUAUCAUUGAAGGCAAAUCUUUUCACGUGCUUGAAGGAAGGGAUGUAUUGCGACAUGAUAAGUGGGAUGGUGAAGGACAAAGCUUGCACGGGAGUGACAGUGAAUGUGGAUGCCGGAGGUAGGGCCGAAAUUUAUAUAUCAAGUGCAGCCGAAGAACCCUUUAUAGUUCUAUUGGCUAGUGAAAAAGCUCGAUAA